UAUUACGUAACUUGGGGAGAAACAUUAUCUUAAAACACUCCACAUUUUACCUCUGUAUAUAUUGAAGGUGUUUCAGCUCAUUGACAACCGAGACUUUACUCUUGCUAAGACUUACUUCUCUGAAGGCUCAGUUUACCUUGAUCUACACAAUGUGUGUCCUCUACUUGGCCCCUCUCCUUGCUCUGUUGUCAGUGGGAACAGCAGCACCGGCGCCAGACGAUUGCGGACAUCUGGUGAAACUGCUCGCACCGGAAGACAAACAUACUAUCUUUGGGAAGUGGAUCUUCAUUGAGGGUUUCUCGAACCAUGAGAUGUUCAAAGCAGUACUGAGAAAGACCAACAGCUCAUGGAUUGAAAUCCUUCCCACUUCACACACCGAGACAGUCCUUUUGAACCAGGGAAACUUGAUUGAUGGAAAAUGUCUUGACUCCUCUGCCAACAUGACCUUUUCCAAAAACAUUUUGCAAAUCUCACAGAAUAAUAUGACUGCCACUGGACACUUCCUACUAUCCUGCCCUGACUGUCUCGUCAUGAACUUCAAUAGCACCAUGGACGAAGUGCAAAUCCAAUCUCUCUAUAUCUUUGGGAAGAGCAGGACACUGCCGGAGGCCGAGUUGAAACAGUUCCAGAAGCAGGCAGAAUGCCUCCAGUAUCCUCAGCCUGCACAGUAUUCCUAUGAUGGAGUUACAGAGUUUUGCGCUGAGAAAAAGGAGAGCUCACACACUGUUGAGUCACAAGAUGUGAAGGAUGGUUCACAGUGAUAUGGCUACUGAUGAUGGAAUGGUUGCAUUAAUAAAAUGGUGUACUCUUA